CUCAGCCCGGUCCAAGGCCCUGACCCACCUGCACAGGGUGGCUGCCUGGAUAUAAGGCCAGGUCUCCAGACCUCCUGCCCAGGCAGGGAGCAGUGGCCCAGGACUCCAGCGUGUCCAGGUAACAGUGUAGUGAGGGGGCCGAAAGCCUCAGCUGCCAGGAAGACUGUGCGGUGGACACCUGGGGACAGGGCUCAGGAUCUGCCACUUGCCACCUGCUGCUCACCGACACCUGCCUGGAAAGAUGGCCGGCCCCUGGACCCUUGGCCUCCUCUGUGGUUUGCUGGCAGCCGCCUUGGCCGAAGCCACCCUCAGUUCUCCUGCGGUCCUCAGCCUCGGCCCAGAAGUCAUAAAGGAACAACUGACGCAGAAGCUGGAAGACCACAAUGCCACCACCAUCCUCCAACAGCUGCCGCUGCUCAGUGCUGUGCAGCACAGGUCAAACAGGAAGAUCCCACUGCUGCGCAACCUGGUGAACACCGUCAUGAAAUCCAUCAUCUGGCUGAAGGUCACCUCUGCUAGCAUCCUCCAGAUGCAAAUCCAAUCCUUACCCUAUCACCAAGAGAUGAUGGUCAAGAUUCCCCUGAACAUGGUGGCUGGACUCAACACGCCCCUGGUCAGGACCAUCGUGGAGUUCCACAUGGAGUCUGAAGCCCAAGCCUUGGUCAGAGUGGAGAGGAGCAACAGCACCUCCAGGCGCCUCGUCCUCAGCGAGUGCUUCUGCAGCAGCAGUAACCUGCGCAUCCGCCUGCUGCACAGGCUGUCCUUCGUGGUCAAUGCCCUAGCGGAAAAAAUCAGGAACCUCCUGGUGCCAGCCCUGCCCGAACUGGUGCAAACCGAGCUGUGUCCUGUGAUCAAGGCUGCCUUUGAUGACAUGUAUACAAGCCUCCUGCAGCUGAUGACGGUGCCCAUUCCCCUCAAUCCUGGAGGCCUGGUGUUUGACCCCAUGUUCCUCAUCAUUGAGGAAGAUACUGUCCGGUUUUACCUAGAGGCCAGGGUGCUGAACUCAAAGGGCCAAGUGACGACAUGGUUCCAAAGCUCAGAGAUGACCCUGACAGUGCCCAAGCUGGGUAACACCAGCUCCAGCUUCGUCAUACGGCAGGACCUGGUGAAUGCUGUGAUUGCCACCUUGCUGCCUUCGGAAAAUUUUGUGAUCCUGCUGGAUUAUGCCCAUCCAGAUGUGGCCAGAAAGCUGAAGUUGAGCCUUCAGAAAAUCAGUAAACAGGUUGCAGAUAGACUGGACAACACUCAGAUAGUGAAGAUGGUGACUCGGAAUGUUCCCUACCUCCACCUGAUCCCAGGCAGCAGCACGGUAGCCCAGCAAAUCGUCAUGGACAUUUUCGCCACAGAUAAAAAACCCCACCCUCUCUUCACCCUGGGCAUUGAAACAAAAUCGGAGGUGCAGUUUUACAACGAAGGUGACCGUGUUAUGAUCAACUUUAAAGACAUCAGUUCUGACCGGAUCCGACUUAUGAACUCAGAUAUUGGGGUAUUCAAUACUAAUCUUCUGAAAGAUGCCAUCACCAUGAUCCUCACUGCUGAGCUGCUGCCAAACCAGAACAGCAAAUUGAGAGCUGGGAUCUGCAUGCCAAUUGUGAAGGCCUUGGGGUGCGAAACAGCUAGCUGGUCUUCGGCCCAGGAGAUUCUCAUACUGACCCCAGACUCGGACUUCUAGAUGCAGAUUCUGCUCCCCAGGGACAACGCGGAUGAUGGUCACCCAGCACCCACCCGAUCACAGCUGGGAGUGUGGGAGCAAGCCCUGGGUGCUGUUCCUCUCUGCAGUCAAUAAACACUUGCCUGCAGCUCCUGCAGUCUGGAGUGUGGUUUUGUCCCACACAGGAGUUAUUUGCCCCUGCUAGACAGGGACCAGUCAUCUAAACCAUACCU